UGCUACUACUCCAGCCUCUUUUAAUUUCCAUGCAUGUCACUCACAAGCACAAACAGAAAAUAGAAGAAGAGUAAGAGCAGGCUACCAAAAUGACAGCUCGCUUGCUCCUCCGUCUCCAAGGAGCUGCUGCGAUCGUCUCCUUCCUUCUCGUGACACUGUCCUCAUCCCUCGUUCCGGCAAGGGCGGCGAUCUCAUCAGGCAGGGGCAGGGGCAGGGGCUGCGUCCCCAGCGAGCGGGCGGCGCUCAUUUCCUUCAAGGGGAGCUUCACCGGCCCUGCUGGCCGUCUCUCGUCGUGGCGAGGCGGGGACUGCUGCCGUUGGAAGGGAGUCCGGUGCGACAACCGGACCGGCCAUGUCAUCGAGCUGGACCUGCACGGUCGCGAGGACUGCCAAGUCGUCAUCAACCUGGACCUGCACGGUCGCGAGGAGUAUAAUUAUUAUUACGAUGAAGCAAGGAUGCAGAUGCUGCGAGGUGAGACGAUGAGCUCAUCCAUCACCGCCUUGCACCACCUGAGGUACUUGGAUCUCAGCUUCAUCUACUUCAACCACACGAGGAUACCUUCAUUUCUGGGUACCCUCGACAACCUACGGUAUCGCAACCUCUCAAGUGCACAUUUCGCGGGUGACAUACCUCUGCAGCUGGGUAAUCUUUCUCAGUUGCAGCACCUUGAUCUCAGAUAUGGAUCUAGAUUGAAUGCAUUAGAUCUUUCAUGGCUUCCGCGUCUGUCUUCCUUAAGAAGUCUCGAUAUGAGCUACAUGGACCUCGUUUCUGUAAGUGAUUGGGUUCACAAGGUCAACAUGCUACCUAAUCUGAAAACCCUCUUCCUCUCUAACUGUGGCCUAAGCAGCACAAUCUCUACCCUAUCCCAUUCGAACCUGACACAUCUUGAGGUCCUUGAUUUAUCCAAUAAUCAAUUUUACUCUUCGCUCAAACACAACUGGUUUUAGAAGGUUACUACCCUCAAGGAGCUUCGUCUCAGUGGCUGUGAAUGGUCGGGGCCUCUCCCUAAUGAACUGGGAAACAUGUACUCCCUUGAGGUCUUACACUUGGAUUUGAAUCAACUGUCAGGUAUCAUGCCGAUGGCCUUGAAAAAUUUA